AUGCCUCGACCUCCAUCAGUAUUACCUACGGAUAUCAUUAAAGCUAUUGAAGACAAUAAAAUGUUUUUUCAAAGUGGUAUACCUGUUCCAAGUGAUUUAAGUUGGACGAAAAUAGCCAACACAUUAAAUAACCUUUUAACACCGAAGCAUUUAUAUACUAUUGUUAAAAAUAAUAGAUAUAAUGUACAACAAGUAUUAGCAAAAGAACAUACAGAGCUAACGAUUGAGAACAUUUCAUCUGAAGAGUCUGAAAUCGAAAGCAAUGAAUGUAAAGAAAUCAUGAAGUUUAAUAUAGUUUUGACUGUAGACGAAUGGAAAGAGAUUGGACCUAAAAUAACGAAAUACAACUGCCAGAAUAAAACAUUUUCAAAAACAAAUCAAAAAAGUUAUUUUGUACUUGAACCAUAUCAAUGGACCAAUGUUAUACAUAAACAUUUUCAUGCACAUUGUGGCAUUCCGUGUGCAAUAUCAUACAAAAGAGCUAAUGUGCAUCCUGGAGGAAAUAUGUAUCUAAAAAUUGUUGGUAGUUGUUCUUCUUGUAAUAGUAGGUUCACUGGAGAAAUGGAAAAUGAACCUGGUGAAAAUGCACUUAUUGUAAUUUCAUGUAAGUAUGAAGGAAUGUAUAAAGAGUGUAAAGGAACAAAUAAAAGAAGACUGAUAGGGAGAAAACGAGACGAGCUGAAAAAUAAGUUGUUAAAAGAAAAUAUGUCUGCUAGCUACAUACAAAGAAUAGAAGCAAAAGAAAUCAUGCAUUUUGGAGAAAAAGAGCCUAGUCAUAUACCAACAUUAAAUUCUCUUAGAAUAUUAAAAUCUAAAGCAUUACAAAAAGAGAAUCUUCAUAAAGAUCCAAUAAUUUCUAUUUCUAUUUUAAAGCAAACAAAUAAUUUAAACUCCACUAUACGUGAUAUAGGAUAUGACCGUUUUAACAUUCAUUAUUGGUCUGGUAAUGAAUUAAAUGUUUACAGGCAAUAUAUCAAACAAAAUGUAAAUUCAGUUAUUAGUAUUGAUGCAACCGGAGGAGUUGUACAGCGUCCUGUACUUAUUUCUGGUCGAAAAACGGCGAAUAUUUUUUUAUACGAAGUUGUUGUAAUGGAUCAUACUAUCAAAAGACAAUAUGGAGUAGCUCAUAUGUUAUCUGAGCGUCAUGAUACUAAUAGUAUAUCUCAUUGGUUACAAGAAUGGGUUAAAGAUGGUGCACCCUGUCCAAAAAUUGUAGUUAUGGAUCAAUCUUUGGCAUUAAUGUCAGCGUCAGUGAAAUCAUUUACUCAAUAUAGUUCACUUAAUAUGUAUUUAGAUGUAUGUUCAUCUUGGAUUAUCGGUGAUAAUAAGUAUCCACUUCCGACGACUAUGAUCAGGAACGAUUUUAACCAUAUAAUGAAGUUAUUAAGCUCAUGGCCAGAAUUCAAGACAUCUUCAUAUAGAAUUAAAAAUUUCUAUCUACGAUCAAUUGCUCUCGUUAUUCAGUCAAAGGAUUUUGAAACAAUAAAGUAUUUGCUUAAAUCAAUUUUUAUUGUGGCUUUGUUUGAAACAGAAGGGAUAAAUGAAAUUCCCGGAGAAUUGAACUUAUGUGAACGGUAUAAAACUGAAUUAAAAAUAAAAAUUGCAUCAAUUGAAGAUACACCAAAUUACCUAAAUAAUGAAGACAUUUUGGAAUUAAACGAGUAUGAAACAGAUUCAGAUUCAGAUAUAAAUAUUUUAACCUCUGAUCCAGAAUACUUCAAGAACAUUAAAGUUUUGUAUAAUAAUUGUGUUGAUUUGUCCAAAAUACAUGAUCAUGGAGAUCGAGAUAAUCAUCAACACAAUAUUAAAAUUGCAAAAAGAUUAUUGCAAUUUUGUAAACUUUUGCCAUGUUGGACAGCUGUGAUGGUUCCUUUUUUUGGUUUUGGUAACAUUACAGAAACAAGUGCAUCAUCUGAAAGUCAAUUCAAUGACUUAAAGAAUAGGGUUUUUAAACAUACAACACUUCCAUUAAGAAUUGAUCGAUUUUUAACAACUCACAUCAACUCCUUUACAGGUACAAUGAAUUUAGUUGCAUCAGAUAUUAAUAAUCAAUUAAAUAAUGAUGAUGAAAACAUACAAAUGGAACUAGGAGAAAAUUCCCAAAUGCAAGUUUAUAAGGAUAAACAAAUGGAAGCUGUAGAUGAAAAUGUACCUACAAUAAAUGUUGAUGAAAAUAUACAAAUUCAAACUGAAGAAAAUUUAAGUCAACCACAAUAUUUACACCAUGACAAAAACCAGCCAAUACAAACACUGUGUACUGGAAAUGAUAACAUUUGUAUGGUUUGUAUUAACGGUCAUAAACCAACCGGUGCACAUAGAUGUAACUUAUGUAAGAAAGCUGUGCACAUAAUAGAAGGAUGUUCUUAUAAUAUACUUGGGGAAGAAGAAGGAUUUGGUGAGAAACGGAUUUGUCACCAAUGUAAGAGCAAGUCAUUCAAUCGUGCGAGAAAUGAGCUAAACGCAGAAGAAAACUGGAGAGGAGAGACAGAAAAAAAUAAAAAGAGGUCAAAUUAUUUACAAAAAGAUCCAACAAUAUUGUUUUACAAUGAUUCCAGCAAAACAAAAUCUCCCGUAAUUGGAAUCCUUAAAAAUGGAAACCGCUCAAACCUCAAAAGUAUCCAGAUUGAUGGUAAAUUUUACAUUUCUUCCAAUACAUGCUCAUUUGAUUCUAUCAUUCAUAUAUUAUGUACAAGCUACUGUGACAGUAAAUUGUAUGCUGAGUUCGUUAAUUCCAAUAAUGAUUAUAUAAUUUUUAAACUUAUAAUUAAUGCUAUUAAAGACGGAAUUAAUGUACAGACAUACCGAAAACGGUCAAUGAUAUUAAAAAAAAUAUGUAAUCUGAAAGAACUUCCAGAGCAGUUGAUCUGCAUUCAAGCUGACACCACUAUAGAAGUCAUGGCGAGAAAUUUAUUAGAAACAUGGCCAUCUCGCGUGGACACCCAGAAUUGUAUCAGUUGCCCACGUCAACAAAUUAGACAGCAGCCAAUUCUAGUAAAUGUGAAUGAUAUUCAAAAUCUAAACGUGCUGCUCAUGGCUGACGGAAAUGUAAACAAAUGUAUCCAAUGCAAUCGUCGUUUAACUAAUCCAUACAAGUACGGAGAACACAUUUUAAUAAUGACCACGCCCAACAUAGAUUUUGCAAAAAUUCCUGACAUCGACAACCCAGAUGUUGAGGUAAUUCAAGAUCAAAAUUCAUAUGUUUCAGGAAUACAAAUAAAAUUAAAAGAUAUACCAGCUUUCAUCACAAUUAAACGUCAAAUAUACAAACUUCGUGGGGUCAUACAUUUUUUAAAACCAACAAAUAUAACUGUGGAUAGUAUUGGUCAUUAUACGUCAUAUUGUUUUCGAGAAGGGUCAAACAAAUGGGAAUUAUAUGAUGAUUAUAACAAUAUCCCACAAAAAUGUAAAGACACUAUAGUUGUUAAUGCAGAAAUGAUUAUUUACACUAUUUAA